AUGGCAGAAAAUUUUCUUCUUUUUGGCCUCCCCUUUUUGCCACAAUGCACUGACACUCUUCCAUCUACUCAAUUCAAAUGCCUUGUGUCAGAAAUGGGACCUUUGGGUCAAGCUCUCCGGCCGUUUGUGGUCCCUACGCUGAGGGUAGGAACUUUGGACUCUUUGAUAGAGGCAAGUGAUGAGCUCACCAAACUCGAUCCACAACUUGAGAAUACUGUGGAAAAAUUAAUUGCACUCAUGGAGGAGACUUCUCAGAAGCCACGAAGCGUUGUCACUGCACUUCGCAUUAAUCAAACACAGGAAAUGACACCAGCUACAUACAUUAAAAAUUUUCUUUGGAGUUCAGCGCAAUUUGAUACGAGGGAAAAAAUUCGUGUGCUGAUAGAGAAACUUUCUCAAAUUUCGACCUCAACAGAGGAGCGUAUUCGUGUAUUAUUAACUGAGUAUAAUGAUACACGGAAUAAACUAACGGCUGUGACUCGAAAGGCCCAGGGAAAUUUAUCGGUGAAACCCAUCAGGGAAUUGGUUACCUCGUACAAUCAGAAGUUUUCGUGCUAUGUGGACACUGAAAUGCUCGCGACAUUAUUUAUUGUUGUACCUUUGGCUUCUCAAAAAGAGUGGCUUGAAACAUAUUGGUCUCUUAAUGAAUUUAUUUGCCCGAAAUCAAACCGUGUGAUUGCAGAGGAUAAGGAAUGUGCUCUUAACAGCAUUGUUGUUUUUCGAAAAGCGCUGGAUGAUGUCAGGAUGGCCUGCCGGAGGAAGCGUUUUACUGUUCGAGACAUCGAUGGGGCUGAUGAUCUCACAGUAACAGAAAUGAAGGAAUUGAAUCAAAAGGCUGAAAAGGAACGAAAAGCACUUUAUACGGUGCUUUGGCAACAGUAUUCUUUGUGCUAUGUAGCAUGGGUGCAUGUAAAGGCACUUCGGGUGUUUGUUGAGAGCUUACUAAGGUAUGGUUUACCUCCCCGAUGCAUAUCAGUUGUACUACAAGUAGAUAGGAAAAAAGAAACAGAAAUACGAAAGAAGAUAUCACAACUCUAUCCUAAUUUAAACUCUCCCUUAGCGAAUGAACCCACAAUUGACACUGGAAUGUUGCAGUAUGAGUACCCGUAUGUCUCUUUGAAAGUAACUAACUUUCAAAAAUAA